CAGGUUGCUAGGCAACGCCAGAGACUACCAGAGGUCUUGGUUCAGGUCAGGCUAACAGGCUAACACCGACUGCGGACACACUUUUCUUUGCUGAUUGUGUACAACAAUAACGCAGCACAGAGAUGCCGUUCAGUGGCGACGCUAUGAAACCUCCGCUGCAUGAGCAGAUAGCGGAGAUGCAGCGGAAAAUACAACUUCUGGAGGGCGACAGAGCUGCAUACUACGAGAGCUCUCAGUCCAGCAUCAAGAGGAACACUGAGUCCAUCCGCCAGCUCAGGCAGGACAACAAGAGGCUGUGCAGGAAGAUGGCAGAAGCUAAUGCUGGUGAUGAAAACAUCAUCAAAGUUGCCUUUCAUAACAGAGGGAUGGAGAAGGAUGCCUACCGCCACAUGACAGGGAAGGCUGCCCUGACCAUCCUCGAUCAGAAGGUGCUCUCCAAGAUGAAGCGUCUCAACGCCCUCAAACACGCCACCCAUACCCACCAGCGCCGCCUUGAAGAGCUGAAGAUGGAAUACCAGAGACUGAAACCAGAGGGCAGCAGUGGAGCACAGUCUGCUGAUGCUCGCACUCGGAAAAAGGAGGAAGAUGCCAUGAAACUGCGGGCGCUGGAGAACAGUCUGGAGAAGACCCAGUUUAAGUGCAAGGAGGCUGUGAACAUCAUGACUAACUAUCAGAAACUCAAAAGUCACCUGCAGGAGGAGAGUCUGACCUUCCAGGGCCAGUUGGACAGUCUGGAGGCAGAAAUCCUGAAGCACAGAGAGGAGCUUCACAACAUGCAGGCCAUGAACAACAACGCCCAGCUCUCUAAAGAAGCUGCUAAGGUUGACUUACAGCGACAGGAGGAAUUGCUCUACAAGGAGCGCAAGGAGAGAGAGCGGAUUAUAGGAAGCUACAGGAAGAACGUUGACGAGCGCAAGGCCCAGGCUGAAAAAUUCGAUAGAAGGGCUCAGAGAACAACUAUGCAGCCGGAUGAGCUGAGCAGCGAGGCCCAGCGCAGCAGCCCCAGGGUGGCAGGGGAAGAGGACAACGCCAUCUUCACUUUUGGGGAGGCCUUCCGACGCAUCAAGGAGGCCACGGGAGUCACAGACAUACAGGAGAUAGCGGAGCGUUUUAUCUCACAGAAGCAGACACACCAACACCUGGAGAAUCUCAAGCGAGAGAACGAGAAGGUGCUGCAGCAGCUGAAGGAGCAGAAGAAGCUCUUGAACCAGCAGUUCCAGGAUAUGAAAUAUUCUGGAGAGGCUAAACUCUCCAGUGACCAACAGAUGUUGGAGGAGGGUGAGCAGCUACUGCAGGCUCAACAGCAGAGGUGUGAUGUAGGUAAAGAGCGCCUGGAGUGGCUUGUUAAAGCCCUCGGGACCGUCCGAGCCGGAGUGGAGCACCUCGCAGACAAACUUCAACACCUCACACUGAGUGAGGACACGGUGGCUGCAGUGUAUCCAGACUCAGAUGAGAUUGUGGUGGAACUGUUGACCCAGUGUGAGCUGAAGUUGCAGCUGCUGCAUGAGGAGCUUCAGGGAAAGGAUGUGGCUGCUAUCAUGAAGGAGAUGGAGGAAGAGGAGUUCUACGUCAGGAUCGAGGGGAAACUGCCAGCUUACAACACGCGUGUCAAGCUGCCUGAGGACCAAAGACAGGACCUCUUUGAUGACGAAGACAACAGUGAAGAGGACGAGGCUGACAUCAUCUCGCGUGAGGCACUGAAGCGUCAGUCUCAGCUGAUCAUUGACUCCAAGUCCAAGAAGAAGGUCUGGAAGAAGAAGUUCUGAACCAACACCACAGUCUCAAGAUUAACAGACCAUCCCAGAUUUCCCAUUGCUAUUUUAGCCAUUUCAUUUUUCACCUCUACAAUUAAAAAAUAUAAAAUAUAUUUAUA